CGGCAAUACCUCGUCUCUCGGGAGGAGGCAAGGCAAGAAGAGAUCCGAUCUCCAGUUUGUCGAACUCCGGGAGUGAUCAUUCGGGAGAGAGAACGGGAGGUUGCUGAUUAUGAGCACCAGGGUAUUGAAGAAAUUGAGGAUGAGAUAGCUAAGUUGUAUGAGAUUAGAGAAAAGAAGAGGAAGGGCAAGGAACCCGUUAGUAUGGGUCGUAGGCCGUUUCGUCAGCCGAUCUUUCACAAGGAUGACGGUUCAGUUGUCAAUACUCCUCGAGCAGAAUCUUCAAGGAAGGCGGAGGAACGGCAGCGAACGAAGAUUCCGGCUGGAAGCGGACCAAAGGGAGUCUUGGUGUACGUGCUUCAGCAGCGCCGACUUCUUACUGGUAAGAACAAGGAACAACUCAAAGUCAUCUGUGCAGCGGAGGGGGUGGAAUACACUACUAAAGCGCCGAUGAUUGAGAAGAUAAUCGAGGGACGGGUUAAAAUUGCCUAUGAAGGUUUUGUCUUCGUUCCAACGCCUUCUCCUCCAUCCAUACCGGAGGAGGAGGAUACUCCUGGCAAUUGUAUGGCUCAUUUUGUGUGUGUCUGGCUACGGCAGAAUUUGGUCGAUUGUAUGCGUUUGCGCAAUCAGCUUUGGUAUGAGCAACGAUCCUCUCAUCUUCGACUGCUAUAUGAUAAGUGUGCGACUCUCUGCUUCGUGGCUCUGGCUAUUUUGGGUGAGAAAUUGGGAAAAGAGAAUUAUGAUGAUUGGGCUUGUCGUUGCCACUUGGAGCCUGGUUGGGAGCAUUCGGGGUUGCAUGUUAUGACUCGGAUAAGAGGCAUACCGGGGAUACCCGAUUUUCUCAGGAAUUCUCGCAAUGUGCCACGUGUGCUCCCUAAGCAUUGGAUGUUGGAGCUGGGCAAACAGAUCGUUCGGAUAGCCAGCUACCUGAGGUCUUCGUACGUGGUGGACAAAUGUGAAUUGGAGGGAUGUUGGGAUCUACAAUUGGAAGGUGAGGAUGAGGCGUACUUGUUUUAUCUGAAUCAGUGGUUCCUUCGUCUCAAGAACUUUGUCUGUAUCCCGAUCGAUAGGAACACAGCUGAUACACUGGUUGUAUGCCCGGUGCUCUAUAGGCACUAUUUGGACAUGUCGUUUAAUUGGAAUCUGUCCUUUCGAGCUGUGAACUAUGGGGAAAGUGAUGUGCUUUUUCGUAUGCGGGAGGUUUUCUUGGACUUGAGUUUGCAUAAACUCGGGAAGUGGGAUGUGGGGGGACGAUUCGAGGAAGCCUAUGUCCUGCCAAAGCACAAGGACUUGUCCAGAUGGCGCCCUAUCUCACCUACUUGCACAGAACCCACUAGGUUGGCUAGCUCCAGGGCUGCAACUGCUUUAAAUGCACUUCUGUUUGCAUUGGCGGCUAAUACAGGAUUCAACCUCAAAGCGGUCAUGCAUGUCCUGCCUGGGAUGCAGGCUAUGGACCGCGACUUUCGUCAGAAGCACUAUCACGAUUUGGUGCCAGUGUCGUUCGAUGUUAAGGACAUGUUCGUAUCUCUCGCGCACACGGAUGUUCUCCGGGCAGUCGACUAGCUUACGGAUUACUAUGAUAGUAAAGGGUGCAAGGGGGU